AACAUAUACUAAACCGGCUAAGUUAACCAAAGGAAGCUAAUCACAUAUUUACAGCUAACCCAAUAGGCGGAGAUGGAGAUACUCGCGGCGGAGGACAUCGACAUCGGUACAGAUUUGAUCCCGCCACUCUCUCCUCUCGCUUCCUCUCUCUACGAUUCCUUCCUCUCCUCUCACUGCUCUUCCUGUUUCUCCCUUCUCCCCCAAGCUCCGCCUCACCCUCACUACUGCUCCGCCGCAUGCUCCCUCACCGAUUCUCCCAUCGAUUCCCCACAAUCCCCGCCGGAGAUAUCCCCAAUUCUCCCCUCCGACAUCCGUACAGCUCUUCGUCUCCUCAAUUCCACCGUCGUCGUCACUUCCUCGUCGCCGCACCGUCUUAAUGGCCUCCUCACAAAUCACCACCGUAUCAUGUCUGAUCCUUCCCUCUCCGUCGCUAUCCAAAACGCCGCCAGUUUCAUAGCCACCUUUCUGAGGUCUAACCGGGAAAACACAGAGCUGGAAGAAGCAGCCAUAUGCUCUGUGCUAACAAACGCCGUUGAGGUGCAAGAUAGCACAGGACUUGCUCUUGGAAUCGCUCUUUAUGAUUCAAGAUUCUCUUGGAUUAACCAUAGCUGCUCUCCAAACUCUUGCUACCGUUUCGUUAACACCAUAACGACGUCGUAUCAAGAUGGUCUUGCCUUUGCUAAAACCAUUCCUCACAUCAUCACCAACACAGAAACAUCAUCCAACUUCGAAUCCAAGGCUUUUUGCUCUUUGCAAGAACAAGGAAGAACAGUGGGGUAUGGACCAAAGGUGAUUGUUAGAAGUAUCAAGAAGAUCAAGGAUGGUGAAGAGAUCACUGUAUCGUAUAUGGACCUUCUUCAACCCACGGGAUUGAGGCAGUCAGAUUUGUGGUCGAAAUAUCGGUUUAUGUGUAACUGUGGACGUUGUGUGGCAUCACCUCCAGCUUAUGUGGACUCUAUUUUAGAGGGGGUACUUGCGUUGGAGCCUGAAAUAACAACUGUUAGUCACUUUCAUGGAACCACAAACAAAGAUGAAGCAGCGGGAAAGAUGUCUGAUCAUAUCCAAGGAGCCAUAGAUGAUUUUCUAUCAGACGACAUAAAUCGCAAAACAUGUUGUGAAAAGAUCGAAAGUGUGCUGCAUCACGGCAUCCAAAUCAAAGCAGAUUCAUCCCAGCCUCAUCAUCUGCGGUUACAUCCGUGUCACCACGUUGCUUUGAAUGCUUACAUUACUCUGGCUACUGCCUACAAAAUCCGUUCCGUUGAUUCUGAAAUCGACAUGGGGAAGGCUUUUGAGAUGAGCAGGAUAAGUGCAGCCUACUCUUUCUUCCUUGCUUGUGCUUCUCACCAUCUCUUUUCGGCAGAACCUUCUUUUGCUAUAUCUGCCACAAGUUUCUGGAAAAAUGCUGGAGAAUCCUUGUUAGAUCUGGCCUUGAAGUUUUCGAUGGAAUCAUCUGUAGAAACUACAUACAAAUGCACCAAAUGUCUUACGCUUGAAACCCCAAAUUCACACAGAGACAUCAAAGAAAAGUCUAGGCAGAUUCUGAGUUGUGUCACAGACAUCUCACAAGUCGUGUGGAGUUUCCUCACUCGCGGUUGCCCUUACUUGGCAAAGUUUAGGAGUCCAGUUGAUUUCAGCUUUGCAACGACCAAUGGUGAUAGAGAAGAAUCGAAUGAGGAUCAAAUGUUGGUUCCUCAAGGCAACUAGAGUAUAUAUAAUCAAGGAAGAAGAAGCUACAGAAGGGCAGGUAGGUAUUAUCGUACCAUUUGGGAAACUAGAGAGCUUACCUGAGUUGAAAGCAUAUAUUGGAACGUCCUACUAUCUUCAUGGUUGAAGAAGAGUGUCCAAAGCUGAAGAAGCUUUCCGUUAGAUUUCACAAGUGGUAAAGAAAUUUUCAUAGAAUACACACAAGAAAACUGGAUUAAAGACGUAAAAUGGGAAGAGGAAGCCACUGAACUCCUCAUGUAAUCACAUGAGCAAAAGAGGUUCCAAAGAGUAGACAACAUGUGUGUCUCAACAGUUGUAUGCUCAUUUAUAUAUCUCUUCCAUUUGUUUGUUUGUAUGAUGUAUGAUGUAUUAUUACCUCUAUGUAGUUCUCUUUUCUCCGGUGAA